CCUUCCCAAUUUUUUUACUUGCUCUCUCGGUCAUAUCAAAAAGAUUUCUAGGGUUUCUGAGAGAGAGAGAGAGAGAGAGAGAGAGAAAGCUGCAAUCUUUGAUUUCCCAGAGGCGAGCAGAAUGAAGACACGAAGAAUUCAAAGAAUUGGAGGAAUGUUGAAAAGAUUGUGCUGAUGAUGGUGCUGGGUUGAUCUGAGAGUAAUCCUUGAUGAUCUGAAAGAAAAACCACAGAUAGAAGGCAUUCGUAGACUCCUGAAAAUACAUCAACCCUUAAGUCUUUUCAACAUUGGUGGCUCUGUUAGAAAAAAGAAAAUGACAGAAAAUUUGAGGAGACGGACAUCGAAGUGGGAUAUGCUGGCAGACCCCCACAUUCCUAUUCAACAAGCUGAAACUCCUAUAAAAGCCGAUAAUGGUGGUGUACCAGGCCUAGAAUGGAAUUCUUCAAAAGUGGAUGCCAACGCUUCCUCUCUGCCAUCUGAAUUGAAAUCUGAUUCUGCUAAGACAAAUAAUGAAGACUAUGAAGAAAAUAAAUUUGCAGGAUGGUUACAUACGGAAGAUGGCAAUGUUGGAUUAGCUAACACCCACUCUCGAAGUCCUCAUUUUCCAAAGCUCCCUGACAUGGAUGCUGAUGAUGGAAAUAAUACAAAGAAUUCAUACAGGAAAUCAUUGUCUGUGAACUACACUACUGAGAAGGACCAGGAUUUCAACAGAACAGGAGACAGAUGGAAUCAAUUACUUGAGCAGAAUCAUCGUGAAAGCCUAUCUCCAUCUCAUGAUGCAAAGAGGGAAGAUGACAUUGUUAGAUUAUCUAACACGCGCUCUCCAAGUCCUCAUUUUCCAAAUAUACCUGACAUUUAUGCUGGUGGUGGAGAUUAUUUGAAACAUUCAUACAAAGAACCAUCAUCUGUGAAUCACACUACUGCAAAGGAUGAGGAUUUAAACAGAACAGGAGACAGAUGGAAUAAAUCUCUCGAGGAGAAUCAUCAUGAAAGCCUAUCUCCAUCCCGUGAUGCAAAGAGGAAAAGGAGUCCUAUCUCACCAAAAAGAAGCUGGGGCAGGUCAUACAGGAGCAGAAGCAGAAGCAGGAGCAGGAGCAGGAAGAGGAGCAGGAGCAGAAGUUGGAGUAGGAGCCGGAGCCCUUCCUAUAGUUAUAAGCGGGGACCUGGGAGGAGUAAAAGCAGGAGCAGGAGCCCCUAUGGUUCAAGGCGAGGCCCUGAGAGGUGGCCGGGAAGAGGUGGAAUGGGUAGUGGGCACCCCGUACCAUGUAGAGAUUUUGCAGCAGGACGGUGCCAAAGGGGCAGCGAUUGCAGGUUCCUUCAUGAGGAUAGUAGUCGAAGGCAACCCAACAGAUAUUAUGACAGUGGCAUAUCAGACGGUAGAGAAAGCAGAGCUGAGAGAGGACGGAUAAAUGUCAGAGAGCCUCAGAAUUAUCCACGUGAUAGAUUCUCCAGGAGUGACAGCCGUACUACUAGGUGUUAUGAUUUCAUGAUGGGUAGAUGCCGUAGAGGCUCAGAGUGCCGGUAUGCUCAUCACGAAGCCUCCCAUGACAGAGAACGGGAUGUAAGAGAUGAACCCAGAGCACGAACUCAUGAUAGAAGGGAUGAUGAGAGGCUUGAUCCUCCUCAUAGGCCAGUCACUGAUACACCCUGCAAGUUCUUUGCUGAAGGUUGCUGUCGCCGUGGCGAAGGUUGCAGGUUUUCUCAUCAUGGUGUCGAGGCACAUGAUGAUACAAGCUAUAGUAUGGAUAUUGAUGUUAGAAAUUCAUCACGGAAUAAUCGGAAUCAGGAAGAUCAUUCUGCUGUGAUUGAGAUAACCAAGUCUUCCAAGUGGAUGGGUAAUGACAAUUGUUCUAAGGUGGAGGAUUCCAAGUCAAAACCUCAGCAUUCUCAAACUCAAUUUACUGCAAGCAAUAUACAUCAAAAUCAACCACAAAAAGCUAGCAAUCCGCUUCCCGUGGCUUCUAUUCCUGGACAGAAUCUUGGACAAGUUGGGCAAAACCAGUAUAGUUCUGGUCAGCCUAUACAAGCACAGGGGUUCAUUCCAAAUGUCCCAUUUCAGCAGUUACUUCCUCCAAUGCCUUUAAAUGUGCAAAUGCAACAAGCUGCCUUUUCUACGCCUCAAAAUGUCCAGGGGGGUCAAUUCAUUGUUCCUCAAGCCCCUCCAAAUUUUAGUGUUCCCAUGCAGAAUUUGCCAGUUCUUCCGCCAUCUAACAUCACAAUGGGCCAACAGAACUACAACCUCCCACUGCCUCCUCAUACUGGACAGAAUCAACAGAACUUUAAUCUCAUCGGGCAAAUUCAGCAGAAUCUCCCUUUAGCUCCCCUCAGUGGACGAAACCAACUAAACUUGAACUUUAGUGGGCAGAAUCAGCAUGUGGCCUCUCAAUCUCUGAGCCCAGAAAACUUCAACUCAAAUGAACAACUGAUCAAAAGAGCAGAUACGUCAGAACAACCUUCACAACUAAAUUCUGAUGCUUCCAUCACCCAGAAGGUCGUGACGAGUGAGCAGGCUGCUCAAAUAACAAACCUUUCAGCAUCUUUAGCUCAUUUCUUUGGGGGCACUGGUGGUCUGAAGCCCCAAAUUUCUACUGGGAUGUUACCACUUGUUCAGCCUAAUCAAGGUUCUUUUACCAAUCCAAUAUCUGGCAACAUGGAGCUAGUGGAUCAAGACACCAGCAAUCUGCCUGCUGAUGUUGAGCAAAAGGGCCAUGCAGUUGAGGAGGGAGUAACCAAUACUAAUAGCACAAUUCCUCCUAUCAAAAGUGUUGAUGUGGAGAUAGAAGUGAUGCAAGGAAUUGUGGAUACUGCUGCCAAAGAAGUGAAUGAAGCUGAGGCUGUCCAUAACAAGAAAGAAAGGGUUGAUGAUAUAGAGGCUGAAGUUCAGAAAGAUGGAGAGAGUAAACAAAGCAAAGAAGCGAAGGGAAUGCGAAUGUUUAAGUGUGCCCUUGUGGAGUUUGUGAAGGAAGUACUGAAGCCUAGUUGGAAGGAAGGACACUUGAGCAAGGAAGCUCACAAGACCAUUGUCAAGAAAGCAGUAGAGAAGGUGACUGGUGCAAUGCAGAGUCAGAACAUUCCUCAGACUCAAGAGAAAAUUGACAUUUAUCUGGCACACUCUAAAGCAAAGCUCACAAAACUUGUACAGGCAUAUGUUGACAAAUAUGUGAAGGGCUGAGUCAGCUUUUGAAUCUGUGCAUGCUGAUUAUCAAUGCCUUGCCAUGACAAAGCAGUGUUGUGCUUCAAACCUUCAUUGUCUUGUAAAUUUUUUGGCUGCACAUUGUACUUGACUUAG